UUAAGGUUUCCAAUGGGUUAACCUUACGGAAUCAAAGAUUUUCCAUAUGUUAGGCAAUUUUUUUGAAUUUUGCUAGUAGAAUUUGAUGGUGAAGGCAGAUUCCGGCACUGAUAGUGGCAACUAGCAUCAGUUGGCUGCUAUUCAGAUUCAAACUUAAUUGCUUCAGAGUUGACAUUCCAUACUCACCGCGGUUCACGCCCUUCUUUUGCAAACACCAUGUUAUAUAUAUAAUUCUCUUAUGUCUAUUUUGUCAAACAUCAAAAGGUACUAAGAAAAAGUACUAUUAUGAUAAAAAUUAUUACCAGUAAGUAACAAACAAAAGAAAGCCAUUACCUUUUUAAAAGAUGAAAAAAAUAAUUAAUUAUAAUACAGUAAAACAGGAUUAAACAAUUUUCACAAGAAAAGAAACAGAAAAUAGGAGAACAUAUUUGAAAUAUGCUUUUUUAUCGAAAGCAUAUUUGAAAAGUCCACAUCUACAACUUUUUCUUUCUUCUGUGUCAUAACUUCCACAGAAAAACCACUAUAAAUGCACUAACCAUCAACCUUCAUAAACUACAUUCCUCCAAACACAAACUUAACGAAAGUUCCAACCUGUUCUAGUCACUAGCUUUAAGCCAUGGCCUCUAUAUUUGUCUCAAGAAGUUUGGUUAUAGUCUCCCUUCUGAUAUCUAUAGCCUUACCAGCCACUCUUGGAAGAAUAGAAUGUGAGAAUCUAAGCACAGAAACAUGUGCAUUUGCUGUUUCAUCUAGCAGCAAAAGGUGUGUCCUCGAGAAACAUGUGAAAAGGUCAGGAGAAGAAGCAUACACAUGCAGAACAUCAGAGAUAGAAGCUGAUAAACUAAAAGAUCACAUCGAAACCGACCAAUGUAUAAAAGCUUGUGACUUAGACAGAAAAUCACUUGGAAUUUCAUCAGACUCACUUCUGGAAUCUCGUUUCACAGAGAAGCUAUGUUCUCCACAGUGUUACAAGAGUUGUCCAAAUAUUGUUGAUCUUUACUUCAAUCUAGCAGCUGGUGAAGGUGUGUUUCUUCCUAAGUUGUGUGAGGUGAAAGGUGGAUCAAAUGCUCGUCGUGGAAUGGCGGAAUUGAAAAGCUCUGGUUAUGUGGCACCAGGACCUGUGCAUUCAGUGGAGUUUGUAGCUUCAGCUCCACAGCCAAUAGGGUAUGUGGAGUUGGCAGAUGAACCUGUGGUUGCUCCAGCAUACCCACCAUACUAAAGAUAGUAGUUUAAUCAAUUUUAAAGAAUAAAGAAAUUAAGAGUACUGCUAUAUAUUUAGUUUGUGCUACUAAUAAUGAAGUUUGUACCUACAUUGAAGUGUUUUGGAAUAUCACUCUAUAGGUAUGGACAAAAGCAAUAUAUUUGAGCUGCAAGAGACAUUUUUUGUGUGUGUGUUUUGGAUACUAAUAAUGGAUGAAGAUGAAUAA